CUCUCGCCCACUCACUUCCUGAGCCUGCUCUCUGUUCCCGAUCCUCAGUCCCAUCAGUAUCUGAACUCCCGAGGAUAAUGGAAUCUAACCCCUCAACCCACACGUCGGGUGGUCUAAAUCGACCCAGAGCUCCAAUUCAGGAGGCAACCGUGAUCAAAUACGCUGAAGUGAACCCCCAGAAAACCAACAACAAUAUCGAUCAAGGGAUCCUCGACAGAAUUCAAAAAUGUCUGAAUCGUGCCAAACACGCAAACGCAAAUGAAGGAGAAGCAAAAGCCGCCCUAUUCCUAGCACAGAGGCUGAUGGCCCAGUACAACGUCACGCACGCAGAUCUGAUGGCCGAUCAUGACGUCGCGGACAAGGCGCAGUAUGGAGGUCGGAGCGUGGUUUCCAUCCAAAAUGCCAUUGAUUGCACCAAGCGAGCCACAAGGGAGACGUUUGUGUUCAAAUUAGCCAAUGCGAUGUGUAUCCUCUACGAUUGCAAAUGCUAUUCAGUGGAUAGGCGAACCUCCAUUGAGUGGUCGUUUUUUGGCAUUGCGGCAAAUACAGUCACGGCAGCGGGUGCUUUCGAAGCGGUGCAUAACAAGACGCUCCAAUGGGCAUGUGCGUACAAGGGAGGGUCACCAACUUUCAGUUAUCGCAUUGGUCUUGCGGAUGGACUGGUGAAUAUGGCGUAUCGAACCAAGAACAGAGAGCUCCUUGAGAUUCGGCGGAAGGAACUGGAUAUGCUUGCUGCCAGCGAUCGAGAAAACGAAAGACAGGAAAAAGAGAAACUUGAUCGUAUUCAAGCGUCAGCGCCAUUCGGAGUCGAUGAUGAUGAUGAUGUCGCGGAGAAUGAGUCUGGACCGGUCAUUAUGAACCCCUCAGACUGCAUGGAUGUCGACGAGCUUGGGCAGGAUGGAGAUGGGGGUGGAAAAGCCGAUUUCAAUGAACAUGAUGUCGAUGUGAUAGAUCUGACAGGCGAUGUAGACGACAAUUUGGAGAAAUUGAUUAAACGAGAACAACAGGACAGCUUGAAUAUGGAUAAUAUCCUUCAACAUCCGGUAAAGCCUGAGCCUUCAGGUACGGCUAUCAAUGAUGGGAUUUCCUCGGCUUCUCCUUGGGCCUCUGAGAUGCAGCUGGUCCGGUUUCGUGCCAUGUCCGAACAGAUUGCAGAUCGUUACAUCCAGGAACAAAAUAUCAAGCUUCAGAAGAGAAAGCCUCGACGUGUAGCUGCUCGACACCGUGACUCUUAUCGUCAAGGCUGGAAGGACAGCAGCAAGAUUGAUAUUCCCCCUUCUACUGUGACUUAAUCUCUAUAAUAAUCAGGGUCUCUUGAUAAUUAAGGAUUUAUUCAUCGUUGGCUAAUUUGCAUGAAAUAUGUUGAGUAUAGCAGGGCUAACAUGCCUAAAUGUCAUUAACAGUACAGCGA